AUGUCUCCAAAAAAGAAAUAUCCGUAUCGACGUUUUAAUUAUAAAAAGAAAAAGAAUACAGAUAAUAACAAUAACAGCAGUAACAACAAUAAUAAUUCAAAAAAUGAUAAACGAGCAUCAUCAUCAUCAGUACAAACACAUAAUGUCAGUUCAAUAGGCAAAGCAACGUCGAUGACCGUUCAAUUGCCAAUAAAUAAAGAUGAUGAUCCAACGUAUCUGAGUGCUUGUAAACGUUUUGAAAAUUAUUUUAAACGAUUACGUCAAUUAUUCAAUUUUAGAGAAAUUGAACAACAACAAUUUUUUACAGUCGAUUAUAAACAACUAUUAUUAGAUCAAGAAUUUUUACCAAAUGAAUCGAUGUGGGCCGAUUUGUUUGUUGAUGAAAAUGAAACACUAAUGCGUGUCAUGGGUUUAGCAAUGCAUCAGUGUGUUACUGAUGAACGAGACGAAAGAGAUCGACAAGGAGCUCUUGAAGCCAAAUAUCAAGCAAUCCCACUAAUCACAAUACCGAUUAUUUAUGCUCGUUUGAUUAAUUAUACACCUAUUGUACAUUUAAAAGAUGUCAAAGCAAAAUUUCAUCAAAAAUUUGUUUCCAUCCAAGGAGUAGUUGUUCGUGUUGGUAAUUGUCGACAUUUAUGUACUCGUAUGGCAUUUGAAUGUGGCAAAUGCCGACAUGUAUUUGGUGUCACAUGUCCAGAUGGAAAGUAUACAGUUCCCGAGCGAUGUCUAACUGUUGGUUGUACUAGUCAAGUAUUUGAACCACAACGUUCCAGUCAUUUAACAACAAUUAUUGAUUGGCAAAUAAUAAGAAUUCAAGAAGUGGCAUCUGAAGCAACACGAGAACCUGGCCGUAUUCCUCGUACAAUUGAUUGUGAAUUAACAAAUGAUCUUGUUCAUAGCGCUAUUCCCGGUGAUAUUAUUCAAGUACAAGGUGUCGUUAAAUUAGCGGAUGAUGAUUCAGCACGUAAAAAUACCGAUCAAUGUUUAUUAACAGCUUACAUUGAUGUUAAUUCUGUUGUUAAUCAGCGGGCUGUUCAGAAUAUAAAUGGAUUUGAUUCAAACUUGACACUCAAUUUUACACUUAUUGAUUUGUAUGCUGUCGAACAAAUACGUUGUCAACUAAAUUUAUAUAAAUUGCUCGUUCAAUCAUUAUGUCCUGGUAUUUAUGGUCAUGAAAUAGUCAAAGCUGGAUUAUUAUUAGGAUUAUUUGGUGGAAGAACAAAAUCAGAUGACAGUUCGGGUAAAAUACCAAUACGUGGUGAUCCACAUAUACUGAUUGUAGGUGAUCCUGGACUUGGUAAAUCUCAAUUGUUACAUUCUUGUGUCAAUGUUGCACCAAGAGGUAUUUAUGUUUGUGGCACUAGCACAACAACAGCUGGUUUAACAAUAACGUUACAUAAAGACACUGGUGGUGAUAUGGUACUUGAUGCUGGUGCAUUAGUGUUAAGUCAUCAAGGUUGUUGUUGUAUCGAUGAAUUUGAUAAAAUGUCUACACAACAACAAGUUCUAUUAGAAGUUAUGGAACAACAGUGUGUUUCGAUAGCUAAAGCUGGUAUCAUAGCUAGUGUACCAGCACGAACAUGUGUUCUGGCUUGUGCGAAUCCAGUAGGAGGACAUUAUGAUAAAUCUAAAACUGUUGCUGAAAAUCUGAAAAUGAAAGGACCUAUAUUGAGUCGUUUUGAUUUAGUAUUUAUACUAAUUGAUCGUCCAAAUGAUGAAUUGGAUUUUCGUUUAUCUGAACAUGUUCUUGCAAUGCAUAAUCGUUCAACAUCUAAUGUUUCAAGAACAUCAUCACAAAUCUCGUGUCAAAAACAAUCGAAAGAUUCAGGGACGCAACAAGAUGCACCAUUGAUUGAACGAUUACGAUUGAAACAGGGCGAAACACUUGAUUUUGUACCGCAUAUUUUACUACAAAAAUACAUUGCUUACGCAAGACGUUAUGUUCAUCCGAAACUUUUACCAGAAGCAAUAGCAGUAUUAAAAACGUUCUAUUUGGAGUUACGAAGUGCACAUCAACAUGAGGGCACAACACCGAUUACACUUCGACAAUUAGAAUCAUUAAUUCGAUUAACCGAAGCCCGUGCAAAACUUGAAUUACGAGAUAAAUGUACAGAAUUAGAUGCAAAAGAAGUUGUUCAGAUAAUGAAAGCUAGUAUGUUCGAUACAUAUUCAGAUGAAAAUGGCUGUUUAGAUUUUUCUCGCUUACAACACGGUAGUGGGAUGAGUAAAGCAUCUCAAGUAAAAAAGUUUGCUUAUGCUGUUCAACGUGUAGCAGAAAUGAGAAAAGAUCCCAUGUUCACUGUUGCUCAACUGAAACAAAUUGCUUCGGAUGCCAAAAUCAAUAUCGAAAAAUUUGAUGAUAUAAUUACAAAAUUGAAUGAUAAUGGAUAUUUAUUGAAAAAAGGCUUAGGGACUUACAAGUUUCAAAUUAUUGACUAA